UUCCGGUGGCGCUGCCGUCGUUCUUGUAGCACAUGGCGCGGUUGUGUUUUAGCGUGUUGUCGUGACCGAUAUGAACACGUGUUGACCACUUGCAGCAGUGAUUUACAGGCAAUGAAACGUCCGGCCAAGUCAGCAAAGUCACCGGCGUCGCGGCAGGUCCAGAUGGCACCGUCAAAAUUGAGGAAACCUCCGCCAAAACCACCUUUGCCUGAUCCAGAGUCGGAGGAUGACUUCGAUGAAGAGGACGAGGACUACUCGGAUGGUGACCAGGACAUUUCCCAGUUUCUGGGCGACCUUGGCGAUGACGAUAUCGAACAGGGGACAGAGCACGGGGGAGUUCAGAAACGUGCUGUCGACUCGGCGGCCAACUCGCAGGUUUCGAAGAAGCUCAAGAAGUCCGACCUGUACAAACCGCCAACUGCCGAGGAGCUCAACAACCUCAAGGAGGUCGAGACGCUGUUCCAUUCAAACCUCUUUGGCUUGCAGUUAUCAGACAUGCUGAAGGAGAUUGCCCCGAAGGAGAAGCACAAUCAUCACUUUGAUGCCUGGCUCGGCCUCUUCCGGAAGACGCUUACGACUAUUCCAUCCUGGGACCGCAUUCAAGACAAACCCGAGACCAUGCUAAAGAAAGUGCCACUGCCGCUUCCAAGUGGACUGCCGCGUGACCCGAAGUGCCGGUUCCGUUUCGUGCCUCCCAAGACUGUUCAGGUGGUGGGGAGCCACGCCUUCGGCGGGGCCGUUGGUCCUGAUGCUGUCGUGGACUUAGCCUUAGAAAUGCCUCUGGAGUGCUUCGAAAAGACAGACUUCCUGAACCAGCGCUACCACGUGAAGCGGGCGCUCUACCUCGCCGUCAUAGCGUCUCGUCUUAGGAAGUCGGAGCUCGUUGAAGAGAUGGCGUUCAGCACUCAUCGCGGAGAUGUUGCGGCCCCCACAUUGCUGCUGCGGCCAUCAGGCGAGGCUGGCAAACACUUUCGGGUCCGCCUGCUGCCUUACCCAUGUGCGGAGCAGUUCAAGGAAUCUCGGUUCGUGCCAGCACGCAGCAACCUGCGGGCGUCGUGGUUCUUCAAGGACAACUCCACUGGCACGUCUGACGAGCUGCCAUCACCGCAGUACAAUGCCUCUGUGUUGGCCGACAUGCGCAUGGUGGCCAAUGCAAGAUUCCUCGCCGAGAAGUUAGCACAGGCCCCUGCCCUGGUAGACGCCACUCGCCUGCUGAAGGUGUGGCUAAGGAAACGUCAUCUUGACCAGGGUCCUGGAGCCUUCUCAGGUUUUGAGAUGACCCUGUACCUGGUUCACCUGCUGAUGAAACGCCAGCUGAGCCCGAUGAUGAGCUCGUACCAGGCUGCGCGGUUCGUCCUGCUGACCCUUUCCCGUUCAGACCUCACCACAGAGGACAUCACGCUGUGUACUGAGCCAGUCGCCAAUCAGCCCUCCCUGGAGGACUUCCGUGCGAACUAUCCCCUGGUUCUCGUCGACGCUGGUGGCUUCCUCAACGUCUGUGCAUCAGUGAGCACAGAAGCUUACCUCAGGGUCAAGCACGAAGCCCGUCUGGCAAUCACUUUCCUCGACUCGUGUUCUGCAGACAGCUUUGAAGUGCUCUUCGUGACUCCGCUGCCCUUCGAGCGCACAUUUGACUGCUUCGUGCUGCUUAAUGAGGAGGACUUGGAGUCUGCGGUUGAGGCACAGUCGCUCCGUAAGGAGCUGGCAGAUUUCAGUGGCUCCAAAUCAAGGCCAGUUGCCAAGGCUGUAUGCCAGCUUCUUCGCAGGGGCUUCGGCACCCGAGCUGACCUGGUGUCAACGCGUAUACCUACUCCGUCAGAGUGGAAGAUCAGUCAGGAGCCUCCGGUCGUCCGCGAAUCCCUGGAGAUUGGGCUCCUCCUCGAUGCUGCGCACUGCUACGCCACGGUGGAGCGCGGCCCAGCCGCAGACUCCCCGGACGCGCCCGCAUUUCGGCAGCUGUGGGGAGACCGAUCCGAACUGCGCCGGUUCCCGGACAGCAGCAUCCUGGAAGCGGUCGUCUGGUCGGGCAAGGCUGCCUGUGAGCGUCGCAGCAUCGUGCUCCGGAUUGCACGGCACCUCCUAUCAAGGCAUGCCAACAUCGAAGCAUGCACCGUGGUUGGCGACUUCCUGGAUCCUCUCUUGUGCCCACCGGGUGUCGACUUUUCGUCAUCGCACCCUUACGGCACUGGCGAAGAGCUUGGCGAGGAACUGGUCUCUGUGUAUGACGAACUGGCGCGCUCCCUGCGUCGUCUGCACGACCUUCCGCUUACCGUGUCGUCUGUCAGAGGCACGUCUCCUACCUUGCGCUUGACCGAGGUCUUCCCACCUCUGAAGGGGGCUUUGGCAACAGAUUUCGGCACGGGCUUUGUCCAGGACAACGUCUACACGAUACCCCUUCCGUUCAAGGCCCACGUCCCACACUUCGUACCUAUCUCGACAGUUGUGGUUCACAUGGAAGCCACUGGCAAGUGGCCCGACGACCUGGAAGCCCUGCGCCGCGUGAAGGCCGCGUUCCACCUGACCCUAGCUCGACUCCUGCGCGACAACGAGCACUUGAUCACGGCUGCACACCCGGAGUACGUCGACGUCUUCAAGGGGGGCUUUGUAUUUCGAGUGCGCAUCGCUGCCCACAAGGAGAUUGGGCUAGCGCGGCAGACUGUCGCACCGAACGGUGCCGUCAAGGUCAAGGACACUGAGCUGAGCACCAGGAUUGAGUACGAAACCGAGAUCUUGCCUGGCCUGACCAGCACAUUGCAUGGGCUCCAGCAACAGCACAGCACAUUCAGUGCUGCGUGCCGGCUGGCCAAGCGCUGGGUGGCGUCGCACCUGCUCAGCAACCACGUGUCGGACGAAUGUGUUGAACUGCUCGCCGCUGCUGCCUACGUCUCCCCUGCGCCCUACGUGGUGCCCAACUCGGCAAGACUGGGCUUUCAGCGUUUCCUCGCUCUCCUCGCAAAUCAUGACUGGGCGAGGCAGCCGCUCAUCCUCAACCUGGCCGACAAGUUCACUAAGGACCAAGUGGCGGAGUUGCACUCUACCUUUGUCAACCAGAGGUCAACGUUGCCCCCGAUGUUUAUUGCGACUCCUCUGGAUGGGCGGCAUUCAUCGCUGUGGACGCGGCACUCCCCGACAGGACAAAUAUUGCGACGCCUGACAGCCCUGGCGAGGGAGUCGCUUCGUGUACUGGAGGGGCAAGUCCUGUGUCCCUUCGAAGCUGAUGUCAAGCAAAUUUUCCGGCCACCUCUCGACCCGUAUGACGUGAUCAUCCACCUGGACGAGAAGCGAGUGCCCACCUCUCACAUGGCUGUUGACUGCACCUUCAAGACUGCCCUGAGGCCAUUCAAGGGCGAUGUCCUACCAGUAGUCGCUUUUGACAUUGUGUCACGCUACAUACGGGCUCUCGAGGAUGCAUAUGGACAACUGGCCCUCUUUUUCUACGACCGCUACGGGGGCAACCUAGUGGCCGUCCUAUGGAAGCCAAAUGCCUUUGUACCACAGCCACUGAAGGUGUCCCAUAUUGGAGGCUACAUGCUCAAGGGUAACGACAUGAUGGUACCCAAUGUGGAGGCCAUCUUGGAGGACUUCAGCAUCCUGGGAAAGGGCCUGGUAGAGUCCGUUGAGACAAGGACCACGAAGUGGACCAUCUAGGCGGCACUGUGCAUAGGAAUUAUUUGUAUUUUUAAUUAUCAAACACAGCACUAUGUAAAUAAAUCAAUUCUGUGCAACAAA